AUGGCGGACGAAGCGUGCCCACCGUGGCUCUCUCGGGCUGACUAUUUGUGCUGCCGCACGGACCCGUACCGUUCCCUUGAUGCGGCGCAGCGGUGCGUCAAUGACAUCCACAAGAGCAUCCUCGCGCUGCAGUCGUCCCUCAAAGCGUCGGAGGGCCACCCCGUCGUGCAGCUCGGUCACGUGACGCGGAAUUUUGAGCGGCUCCGGGCGGAGCAUCUUGUGCUCGGCGACGCCCACAGUGAGCAGCAGCGGCAGCGCACGGCGCUUAUGCGCGUUGCUGAGAUCCUCCGUGAGGAGAAGCGCGCGCUGCUGGAGGAACUUAACGAGGCACGUCGUGGCGUUGUGGUGCGACGGGCGGAGUGCGACGACGCGUCAGUCGUGUGCAGGCGUUUUGCCAGAGAGCAGAAGGCGCGGGCGGCGCGGUUGGAGGUGCAGGAGUCGCAGCUGGCCGCCCUCGUCGAGCAGGAGCGCGGCUGCCGCGAGCGGUUUGCGGCUGUGCAAGCGGAGUUUGACAUGCUCUCGUCCGUGGUGGAUCAGCACGCCCAACAGAUCCGCUCGCUGACGGCUCUCCGCGCGCAUCUCGGCGGCACCCGUGCGGAGCAGGAGCGAGCUGCUGCUGCUCUCCGGGACGACGUGACGCAGCGGGAGGUGGCACUGGCGGAGACUUCGACUGCCCUGUGGGACUACAAGGCAGAUAUGGCGGCGCGCGUUGUGGCACUGCAGCGCCUGGCGCAGGAACGACAGGGCGAGCUGGAACGUGUGCGCCGUCUGAGCCAACACGAAAUGGACACGCUGGCGGCACACAACAAGGCGCUCGCUGACGGGCUCAAGGCGACGGCAGAGGCGCUGCUUCGCGUCCGCGGUGAGUCAAGGGCGUUUGCAAGCACGGUGAAGCAGGCGCUUGCUGACGGGCGGCUGGAGGUGCAGAAGCACGCGGCCGUUGUAGAGCUGGUGGGGGAGCAGAACUCCGGGUUGCGGAGCGCGAUUGGGCGCGCGGAGGAGCUGCUCCGCCAGUCGGUACAUCAUACAGGCGAGAAGAACAAUAUCAACCGGAGGAACCUCAUCGAGCAGGCAAAUCGCGUCAGUACGUUGCACGUGGAGCUUCAGUCAAUGCUGGAGGACGUGCGGCUGAUUGAGGCGCGGCUCUGCACCUUGUGUCGCCAGCAGGUAGCGGCUGAGCUGCCCCCACCGCAGCAGGGUCACCCUCAGAAGCAGCAGGAUAGCGAGGAGGCAACGCCACGGCAAGAUCUCAGCGUUGCCGCCGACCUGCCGCCGCCGUGUGAAGGCAUGGAAAGCAGGUUUGACAACGUGGCUGCGGUGCAGCCGGGCGGCGUGGUAGCGCAGGCCGACGAGUCACAGGAGGUGCCUCGCCUUCGUGAGGCGCUCGAUGCGCUGAGCCGCCAGCUGCUGGAAGAGCGCGCCGCGCGCGAGGCGGAGCUUCAGUUGGAGGAGGACGGCAGGGUGAGACGCGCGGCCGAAGCGGUGGCCGUGCAUCGCGCCGAGGAAGAGCGGCGCCGGAUGGAUUACCAGGACUCCGAGAAGCAGGCGGCCGGUGAGGUGGCGCUGUCGUACGCGGUCCAGUUUGUGGAUGGCACCAAGCGUCGUGUGGACGCCUUCCCGAGCGACACGGUGGCGAUGAUGAUUUUUCGCGUUGCCCUUCGCGCCGGCAUUGUGCGGUGGCGCAUGUUCCACCUCGCGCAGCUCGUUGACGAGGCCGGCGUGCUUGGCUCGGUGCGUCGCUACCUGAGCCACAGCGCCACUCUGGAGGGUGAGGGUGUUACGCCGCAGGCGGCUCUGCUUUUUGGGUUCAAGCACUACAAGCGUCCGCUGCACUGGGACGACGCUGUGGCGCAGGAGUGGUUCUUUCGCCAGCUUCAGCAGCACGUUGUGCGUGGGUACUACCCCGUUUCGGAGGCGGUUGCGGUACGGCUUGCGUCGUACGAGCUUCAGGCGGUCUUCGGCGACUUCACGGCACAGACGUCGCUUCUGUACUUUGACCAGGUGGGCCUUGAGGCGUACCUUCCCAUCUCAGUCUCGGCCCAUGCGUACGACUACUGGCAGGAGCGGCUGGCGCGGAACCACCGCCGGCGUGCCGGACUGACUGCGGCGCAGGCGCGUUGCGGCUACAUGGACGUUCUCAGCACGACGCCGUGGUGGGGCGUGACUUUCUUUGACGUGAGGGACCGUGACAAUCGUCCCUUUCUUGCGGGUGUGGCGGAGGAUGGCUUCUUUGUGUUUAGUGCGACGAAGCAGGAGUGCCUCGACGUGGUCCCGUUCCCCGACCUUGCCGGGUGGGAGCGCUGCCCUGCAGGCGUUGUGGUGAGGCGCCGCGGCUCCCACACAAUGACGCUGUACGCGAUGAGCCAGUUGCAGGCGAAGGAGCUUGUGGACCUGCUGAACGAGUGCUACGCUCUGCUCCCUCAGCGGGUGCGGGAGGAGCUGCGUAUUGAGGUUGCGGGGGAGGAGGGUGUGCGUGCGGGGCUGGUGGACCCGGCAAUGUUCGUCUUCCCCGUGAUGGGCCGUCCGCGCCCCGCUCCGUACGGGUCGCGUGUAGAGUGCAUGAAGGCGGCGUACAUGUCGUACUGCACAGAACUCGAUGAGUUGGGGAGGCCGCACGCCCCGGCGUUGGCACUGCUGCGGGCGAUGGACCGGGCUGUGGACGAUGGCGCGGCGCUCGACGCACUGGACCUCGCGAUGGCUGACCCUCCCGUCGACGACCGGCACUUUGCUGUGCUUGCCGAGAUCCUGGAGUUUGCGCUCCGUGAGUGCCAGCCGCCAGGGCAGCACGAGGAGUGGAGGGAGAACGUUGACAUCACGGCGGUGCUGCUUGCGCAACCCUCGGCAGCGCGACAGCUUUUGUCGGCGUCCUCGGUGCCGAGGAUCGCGGCGGUGGUUGCGCUCUUCCCCGGGCUGCAGACACUGGACCUCGCCUACAUUCCGCUGGACACGGCGUCGGAGCAGCUUGGCAGUGCUCUGGCUAGCGGCGCGAGGGGGCUGCGGCGGCUUAUUUUGCGGGGCUGCCGUAUUGGCGCAAGGGCGCUGCAGUCUUUUUUGCCUGUGUUUGGGUCCCGGCCGCCGAGCGCCCUGGAGCACCUCAGCCUCGAGGACAACUUCUUGACGCACGCCGCCGUACAUCCUCUCUGCGAGCUGCUCAGCAGCGGCGGCACGGUGCUGGCGGAGCUUAACCUCGCGUUUAACCGCCUCGAGGCAUCAGGCAUCGAUGCGCUCGCCAAGGCCGCUCUCGCCGCAUCUCCGCAACUGCAGUCACUGGACGUCUCCGGCAAUCCCGGCCUUCAGCCGCCGUCGAUGCGGGCGGCUUUGCUGGUUACCAAGGGCAGCGGCAUUGCCCGACUCGCUCUCCGCUGCUGCAGAGUGUGCUUUGCACUUUUCGAAGCAAUGGACACGGAGCUGGUGUCUAACGGUGACAUUGUGGAGCUCGACCUGUCAACAAAUCCGCUUGGCGACGGAGUGGAUGCGCGUGGGGCAAAAACGGCGUUCCGUUUUUUGGGUGAUCGGCGGUCUGUGAGCCGCGUGGAGCUGCUUCUCAUGGACGAGUGCGGCUUGACGGAAGGCGAGUUGGGUGAUGCUCUUGGGGGUGCCAUGGCAUCCAACGGCACGCUGCGGCGGCUUUCGCUGCGCAGCAACGGCCUGGCGCGGAAAACGGGGUUUCUGCCGUCGCUGGUGACGGAUGCCGUGGGCGCCCACCCUGCCCUGCGUGUGCUUGACCUGACGGACAAUGGCAUUUCACAUGCCGGCUGCAUGCGGCUUUUUGCGGCUCUUGUGCGCAGCAAUACCAUCUGCGAGCUUUACCUUGACGGGAACCACUUGCGUGACGCCAUGGGGCCAGCAAGCUGCACAGAGCUUGUUGCUCUGCUUGAGAAAAGUGCCUCACUGAAUGUGCUUAGCUUGUGCAACACUGGGAUGCCCGACACUGCGCUGCAGCGGGUGGGCGAGGGGCUCGCUCACAAUGUUGCACUGCACACCCUUGUGGCAAGCGGCAAUGCGUUUACGCCGCCGGGCAUAGCGGUUUUUGCUCGGCUCAUCCACCACAAUGAGGCCUUGAAGACGUUGGACCUGUCGACGGAAGCCCUUUGCCGCGACGAGGCCAUGUAUGCAGACACGCUCCGUCUGUUAUCGAGUGCGGGACGGCUUGAUUCUGUGCGGCUGUAG